AUGCCUUGCCUUUUAUCCAAACUCCUUAAAGUGUGGAGUAAAAAGCAGCAAGUUGAAGCUCUUGGACAUGUACGCCGACAAGAACAAGCCCCGGUGAAUGGGAACUUCCUGCAGCUCUCUGUCCUGGACUUAUCCAAUAAUGACCUUGUGGUUCUUCCUGACAACAUCUUCAGCGGCAUGCCCAACCUGGAGAACCUCAGUUUACAGAACAGCUCCAUGGUUUCCUUACCGGACGGGAUCCUGAAUGUGCCACCUCUUCAAGACUUGGAUCUGAGGGACAACAGCAUGAGACUUAUCCCAACAUCCAUCAUGUCUGAAUUCAGCCAUAAACCAGGUCUCCACAUACAACUGGAUGGCAACCCAUGGCGGUGUGACUGCAUGAUUGAAGACUUCCUCUCCUGGCUACAAAACUCCUCACAGAUUACUGAUGUCCAGACACUAUCAUGUGCAGAACCAGAGGAACUGCGACAUAUUCCCUUACUCCAAGUCCAACACUCUCAGAUGAAAUGCUCGGUAGACAUGGACGGCGUUCUGGAAACCUCUUACGUCUUCCUGGGGCUGGUCCUGGCUUUGAUUGGUGUCAUAUUCCUACUUGUGCUCUACCUGAACAGAAAAGGCAUAAAGCGGUGGAUCUAUAAUAUUCGGGAUGCUUGUAGGGACCACAUGGAGGGGUACCAUUACAGAUAUGAGAUCAACUCGGAUCCACGCCUCGCCAACUUGAGCAUAAACUCGGACGUGUAA